CUUGAUACCUCUCAGUCGGUUUCAGCCAGCCUCUGUCUACCAAGAACCUGUUGAUUCUCUGUUGUUAUAUCCAUCCGGAGCAAUCUAAUCUAGGGUUAUGAUCUUCUACUCCUGGUUUGGCUUGACACUGGAUAAUGAGUAGGGGUUCGUAAUUAGUCCUCAAACAUUGACAUGAGAUGUCCGGUUUCUAAAACUGCAGUGGAUGACCUAGAAAAGUUCUAAAAAAGUUUUCAACUCUCAAACCAAGUUUUAAAAAAGAAUGAAGACGAGUAGUCCUGAUUACUCCGGGGACACUUACUGUCCUAAUCUUCCCACACAAACUCCCAUAUCUGAUAUAGACUCUAAAGUCGUAAAGCAGAAUGUUACAUAUGACACAACAACGGGAAAGGUUUAUGAAGAGCUUGGGAGUAAUAACAACAACAACAGCAGUAACAACAAUAACAACAACAAUAGCAAUACACAACGAACUUCAUAUUUUCAGACUAGUGGAUACGGUGGAUAUCCUUAUAACCUGAAUCCUGUGCAACCAGCUCAAUGCAUGGGUUCAUACUCUUACACAUCACCCUCUCCUUACGAUAGAUCCUUGUAUCCUUUCAACCCACCUGGAGCAUUUAUCCCUCACUCUGCCAUCAACCUGUCCGUGAAGUCAGGUGGAGAAGAUACUAGUCCUCCAGUACAGAGUCUAGAUCUAUCUAUACCUGAACCUAGUGCUGUAUCUAGUACCGGAUAUAUUCAUCCUAGUCCCGGACAUCACCCGGAAAAUCCAACCUCACAGAUCCUAGAUCUCACCCGGUCUCUCCCUAUCAGUGUUAGCAGUGGAAUUGGAGCAUUUACAGCUACUGGAUCCAACCCUGGAGAAGGAUUGAUUUCUCCGUCCCAAGACGGAAAUCCUCUUAGAAGUGGAAAGGAGCAAACUGAACCUGUAGAUUUCUCUCAGGCUCCAGGAUUCUCUCCACGUGGGUUCGAGGCAUGUUUCCCUCGUGGUUCUACAGUACCCGGAGAUGGUUUAUCAAGAUACCGACCCCAGAAUGGAGCAGUGUUCUCUCCGUUGAGUUUGAAUCCUGGAUACGGAUAUCCUGGUUCAGGAUAUCCUUCCUACCAACAGUCCUACUCCUGUCUUACUCCGUAUCCUCCAACCACAUUCUCCACUAUGUCUCCUUACCAGGAUUCUCUGGUAGCAGGAUAUGGUAUGGUUGGAUCCAGCUCCGUUAGUCCUGACAGCUCCAUCAAACCUGAACUUAGUUUGUGUUCUCGACAAGAUCCAGGACGGAGCCAGGAGCUAAAAUGUCCUACACCAGGCUGCGAUGGAUCCGGACAUUCCACAGGGAACUAUUCCUCUCAUAGAUCUCUCUCCGGGUGCCCCCGGGCAAACAAACCAAAAAGACACAAGGAUGGAGCAGAAUCUGAACCGCUCAGAUGCCCGAUCCCUGGCUGCGAUGGUUCAGGGCACGCUACUGGAAAAUUUCUUUCCCAUCGAAGUGAAAGAGCAUGCCCUAUUGCCGCCAGAAUGGCCAAAUCUUUGAGUGUUGGUAGCUCCUCGUACAUCAUGGAGGAUUACUGCUCCGUAGCCUGCCUCGCUAGUGGUUGUCCUCAUGCGAGUAGAAAUAAAUCGCGAUCCUUGGAGUCCGGUCUCGGAGGUCGGAUAUUGGACUCCACCCUGGUGGGAAGAGGGUUGGAGUCCUCCUUUGGGAUGAAUCACUCCAUGCUGAAGUACGGGAGUCAUAUUAGACCCUCACUCCCUCCCUCAUUACAUCCUCAAACAGGAUAUGAGCCAAGUGAGCUGAUGAGCCUGGAGGAUGAGAUGACCCAAAUCGCGAAGGAGAACAGCAAGGUGGAGAACCAAAUUAACAGGAUGAAGGUUGACAUGGUGUCCCAGGACCGGGACGAGAAGGAGAACGAGUUAAAAAGAAAAAAUGCCAAAAUAUCUUCUUAUUAUGAAAGUUUAAGAACGAAUGUAUUCUCAUUACUUGGGCCCAAAUGCAUGAAAUCUGACGAGGGGGAGAAGUACGACAACUACCUGACCAAGCUCCAGAACAUCUGUACAGAGAAUGUCGGUGAGGAAGGAAAACCCAUCACGGAGUCAAUGAAAACCAACCUUCCUCUCCCGGUCCUACCAACCCCAACCUAAACCUUUGUUUAAAUAUUGGGUUCCUAGUUUACAUGCUUUAAUUAUUAUAAUUAAUAUGAUUAUUCUAAAAAUUAAACCUUUUUGACGAGAAAUGACACCCAACCCUUACUGUGAUAUCUAAAUUGUAAUCCUUUAGUUCAUCCUUAAUUAAAGGAACUGAACAGGAACUGAACAGGAACUGAACAGGAACUGAACAGGAACUGAACAGGAACUGAACAGGAACUGAACAGGAACUGAACAGAAACUGAACAGAAACUGAACAGCAACUGAACAGCAACUGAACAGCAACUGAACAGGAACUGAACAGGAACUGAACAGGAACUGAACAGCAACUGAACAGGAACUGAACAGGAAACAUAUCGUACUAGAUGUUCUAGAUUGUAAUUUAUUAACUAAUUAAUUAUUAAGUUUAUUUUGUUUUCUACGAAAUAAAAAUAACUGGGGAAA